AUGGGGUGUCUGCAGCCACCUGGGGAGGCAAAUUACGGGAGACCCCCCCCCCCAAAGCAGCCUUGUGGCAACACCCUCCGGGGCUCCAACGUCCCUCCUCCUCCCCCCCUCCAGUUCAGCUACGGUGACGAAGACCUGGCCCCCAACACGGCCAACAUCCAGAUGACCUUCCUGCGCCUCCUGUCCACCGAGGGCUCCCAGAACGUCACCUACCACUGCAAGAACAGCGUGGCCUACCUGGACGAGGACACGGGCAACCUGAAGAAAGCCCUGCUGAUCCAGGGCUCCAACGACGUGGAGAUCCGCGCCGAGGGCAACAGCAGGUUCACCUACAGCGUCCUGGAGGAUGGAUGCACGAAACACACCGGCAAGUGGGGCAAGACGGUCAUCGAGUACCGGUCGCAGAAGACCUCGCGCCUGCCCAUCGUGGACAUUGCACCUUUGGACAUUGGUGGAGCCGAGCAGGAGUUCGGCGUAGACAUUGGCCCAGUCUGCUUCUUGUAAAGGAACAACAAAAAACA